AUGUAGUACCUUCAUCCACUUUCAAGCCAAGCCAUAACGCCCUCCAAAUCCUUCAUUUUUCACAGCUAAUCUAUGCAUAUAAAUUAUAACCAAGGUAUUCAUUCUCAUUAAUCAAAUCAACCCGUCCUUGCAAUACAGCCAACAGAGGCAAAAUGGAUAAAUUCUUCUUGGUUUCCUUACUCAGUUUGCUGAUAGUGGCGGCUCACAGAGCUGCAGCUGGAAGCAUGAUGUGUGACAACAUUAGCAUUCUUGAAGAACUUAAAAACAUGGAUAUUGAAGAAGAAACUGAAGCAGAACUUUCUGACAUCCCUUCAUGGAGAAGCGAGCGCGGUGGCAAGGUUCUUGUGAAUGUUGAUAGCUUUGGUGCUGCUGGAAAUGGAGAAUCUGAUGACACUGAGGCUUUUCAGAAAGCAUGGAACGUUGCUUGCUCUACACCAAAAUCUGUUCUCCUAGUUCCCCAAGGACGCCGUUACCUUGUUAAUGCAACCAAAUUUAAAGGGCCUUGUGCAGACAAGUUAAUCAUCCAGAUUGAUGGAACAUUGGUUGCUCCAGAUGACCCCAAAAACUGGGAUCCAAAACUUCCGCGGGUUUGGCUCGACUUUUCUAAAUUGAACAAAGCUGUUUUCCAAGGCUCUGGAGUUAUUGAUGGCUCAGGAAGCAAAUGGUGGGCAGCAUCUUGCAAAAAGAACAAGUCAAAUCCUUGCAGAGGUGCACCAACAGCAUUAACCAUUGAAUCAAGCUCAGCAAUAAAGGUGACAGGAUUAACUAUCCAGAAUAGUCAACAGAUGCAUUUUACCAUUUCAAGAUGUGAUUCUGUUAGAAUUUAUGGCGUGAAAGUGUCAGCACCAGGAGACAGCCCAAACACUGAUGGAAUUCAUAUCAGUGAAUCGACAAAUGUUAUUGUACAAGACUGCAAAAUCGGAACAGGAGAUGAUUGCAUAUCAAUUGUUAAUGCUAGCUCUAAUAUCAAAAUGAAGAGAAUUCAUUGUGGACCAGGACACGGAAUCAGCAUUGGAAGCCUGGGGAAAGACAACUCAACCGGCGUAGUUACAAAAGUGAUUUUGGAUACAGCAUUUCUCCAGGGCACCACCAAUGGCCUCAGGAUAAAGACUUGGCAGGGAGGUUCUGGAUAUGUUCGAGGGGUGCGGUUUCAGAAUGUGAGGGUGGAAAACGUAUCAAACCCCAUUAUCAUAGAUCAAUUUUACUGUGAUUCGCCCUCCACUUGUCAAAACCAGUCAUCAGCAUUGGAGGUGAGCCAGAUCAUGUACCAGAAUAUAAGUGGGACAACAAUGAGUGGUAAAGCCAUUAAGUUUGACUGCAGUGACACAGUUCCGUGCAGCAAAUUAGUGUUAAGCAAUGUGGACUUAGAGAAACAGGAUGGCACUGUGGAAACAUACUGCCAUUCAGCUCAAGGUUUUGGCUAUGGAGUAGUUCAUCCUUCUGCUGAUUGCCUUAAUUCCAAUGAUAAAACAUCACAAGCUUCUGUUGAUGAACCUGAAUCUAUUACUCAGGACUAUAUUCGUCACACUGAACUAUAAGCUGGAUCGCUCUCUAUACAUGCUUUAUACAAUAACUCUUUGAUUAUAAUUUAUUUCAAAAGCAGUGGUUUGUUUGUUUGAUGAGGCUUGAGGUGAGGUCAGAGACAAAUCAAGGGAUGUCUUUCUUAUUAAAUAAUUAGAAACUACACUGAAAUUUAUUCCAGAAUGUAGAGAAUUAUAUUGCAGCUUGUAUCAUCAGCAUAAAAUCAGAUAUGUCAGUUUUAUAGUUUUAAUUGAGAUUCUUACUUGAAUCCUAGUAUUAUGUAUGCAGAUUUGUAUAAUGAAUAUUUCAUGGAAGCAUGUUUAAGUAACAUUUGUUUAGCUGCAUUUUAUGUUUCCAGUUGAC